UUUAGUCUCAAUGUCUCUGUAGCAUCAACUAAAGAACGAUUCCCAAUGAAGUUGCCCCUUGUUCUGAUUUUGACAUUGGUCACGUGGUGCCUUCUGGACGAGGCUUCCGGGGGCUGGGGUGGAGUACGAAUAAGAGUACGUCGAAUACUCUGUAACGUGGUCUGUUCCACAUCGUGUACGAAGGCCUGUCCGAACUGCGCUCCAGUGUGUGCUCCAGUCUGCACAAAAAUUUGUGGAAGGAAGAGAGGAACGGAUUCCUAUCAGAAGAAGAUAUCUUUAGUGCAAGAUUUCCCUGAUGUCUAAGUGUAAAGAUUUUACACCAAAAAGGAAUUUUCAUUAUUCUAAAUAAAUCUUUAUUUAUAAUGA